CCUCACCCUCUGUUCACACUGCACAAGCGCGUUUGUUCUGCGCGCAGCUCUUCGUCUAAAUGGAAAUAACGUGAGGAUGCAGACGCCGCUUGUUGAUCUUAUCCCGGAUUGCUAGUAAUAGAACUAUUACUAUGAAAGCUCAGGUCUAUGUACUAACAGGAUAUUCACGAAAGUGUGUUAAAAAUGCACGUCUUCCCAUUGUUCACUGUAAUGCUUAUCGCGGCGCAGGGGACGCUUGGCGAAAUGUUCACGUCCGUGGCGGACGCCCAGAGAUCUGUGGCGGUGGAGAUGGAGCUGCUCGGGUACUUAGAAGAGUACCUUGAGCGCGAGACCCUUCGGCUCAACGAUCUCAGAAGGUUCUUCAAAAAGGUAAAAGGUCAGCAUAGUGACAUUUAUCAAGGUCAAAUGAGUGCAAUGGCAAAUCCUCUAGUUGCAUACUCACUGAUUAAAAGACUGCAGUCAGAGUGGCUAAAUGUGGUUUACAGCACAGAAGCCAAUGAGAACAUUCAAGAUUUUAAGGCAAGUUAUGAAAAAGAAGACCACAAUCUUCCCAAAUUUGAAGAUCUACAAGGAGCUGCCCAGGCGCUAAUGAGGCUGCAAGAUGUGUAUGCACUCAGUGUGAAUGGUUUGGCCAAUGGGCGUUUCCAAAGGUUUUCCUUUAGUGAAGCAGUAGACAUCAUUAAACUAAAUGUCUCCACCAGUCUUUCAGCAGAUGACUGCUACCAUGUGGGUAAGGUUGCUUAUGAAAUGGAGGACUAUUACCAUGCCAUCCUGUGGCUAGAGGAAGCUGCUCAACUUUUUCGUGAGGCACCUGGUACAUGGAACACGGAAGAUGAGGGUAGUCUGGAAUCUGUUCUGGACUACUUAGCUUUUUCAUAUUUUAAGAUGGGAGAUAUUUCAAAAGCUAUUAAUCUGUCUCAGGAGCUCCUAGCCCAUGAUCCUUCCAAUAAAAGAGUAUCCAGAAACAUAAAGAAGUAUCAGAGGCUUCUAGCAUCUUCAACAGCAACAAGCCCAAAUGUUAUUUUACAAAGACCAAACUCAACAUACCUCCAAACUAGAACAAAAUAUGAAUGGUUGUGCCAAACAUUGGGGUCCCAGCCCACACACUACAAGGAUCCUAGGCUGUAUUGUGAUUUUUAUACAGGUAAAAAUCAAAUGCUCUUAUUUAAACCCAUGAAAAGAGAGAUCUUCAGUUUGGAGCCUUAUGUUGUACUGUAUCACAGUUUCAUCAGUGAUUCUGAAGCUGACAAAAUAAAGGAAUUGGCAGCUCCUGGACUGCACCGAUCAAUAGUUGCCUCUGGAGAAAAGCAGUCCCCUGCACACUACAGGAUUAGUAAGAGUGCAUGGUUAAAAGAUACUUCCCACACUGUGGUAAGUAAUGUGGACAAACGCAUUGCAGCUUUAUCAAGUUUAAAUGUGCAACCUCCAUAUGCAGAGUAUCUACAAGUUGUGAACUAUGGAAUAGGAGGCCACUAUGAACCUCAUUUUGAUCAUGCCACUUCAACAUCAAGUCCUGUCUACAAACUAAACACUGGAAAUCGCGUUGCAACAUUUAUGAUUUAUCUGAGCUCUGUGGAAGCAGGCGGUUCAACAGCUUUUAUCUAUGCAAAUUUCAGUGUGCCCGUAGUCAAGAAUGCAGCCCUUUUCUGGUGGAAUCUGCACAAAAAUGGGCAAGGUAAUGGAGAUACACUUCAUGCUGGAUGUCCCGUACUAGUUGGAGAUAAAUGGGGUACGUUCUAAAAACAACAGUCAAGC